CUUCCCUGAUCAUAACAAUGCCUAUAGAAGUGUCGAGGUUUCUCCCACAUCGAUAAAGGAAGAAAGGUCGAGUCCACUUACGCCGAAGAACAAAUUGCUAAACCCCACAGAUACUUUUCAACAACAGAAUAUCCUACAACUCUACGUACACCUAUACCCAUUGUUCGUAUUUCGAAACGAGUAAAACUAGAACCCACCUUGGGAAUCAGCUAGUCUCAUUGGACCUUGUAUUGGGUAGAAUAGCUGCGGGAGUUGUAGAAUUUGUGGCGAGGGAGCACAACAUUCAUUUGUCUUGUUAUGCACAUGAGGUGUUUGAUAAAAGUCCUCUGAGACUUGUGAUCCAAGGAAGCCUCUAAGCGUCUGUUUGUCCUAGUGGAGAAGAUGGCAAACAGCAAAUACGAGUAUGUCAAGUCCUACGAGAUUGAAGAUGAGGUUUUCGUGCCAAACUUGAUCGUUCUUCGCAUCGACAGUCGUGAUUUUCGGACGUUUUCUCAAGCGCAUGAGUUUGAGCAACCAAAUGAUGAGGCCGCACUCAACUUGAUGAACUCAUGUGCAGUUUUGGUGUCGGAGGAGUUUCCAGACAUAGUGUUCUCGUAUGGAUUCAGUGAUGAGUUCAGCGUUGUGCUCAAGAAGACGUCCAAGUUCCACCAGAGGCGUGCCAGCAAAGUAGAGUCCAUUGUUGUGUCCUUCUUCACCUCGGUGUACGUCUCGAAAUGGAGGGAUUUCUUCCCUAGUAAGGUGCUAAGGUACCCUCCUUCGUUUCGCUCAAGGGUUAUAGCUUGCGCUACAGUUGAAGUUCUUCAGUCGUAUCUUCUGUGGAGGCAGAAUAGUUGUCACACAAGUAACCUGCACGGUACUUGCGUGUGGGAGCUUGUAAAAGAUGGGAAGACCGAAGGCGAAGCGUUAGAGUUAUUGAAGGGAGCUAGUAAAGAAGAGAAAAACAGCCUACUGUUUGAAAGGUUUGGCAUCAACUAUCAAAAAUUGGAUGCUAUAUUCCGUCAAGGAAGCUGCAUUUUAAAAACUGAAGUGAUGGACAUUGUGAAGCACAAUGAGAAUGGUUCUCCUGUGAAGAGGCUCAGGAAAAAGUUGGGGAUACUACAGGCGAAGAAUAUAGCUGCUGGGAGUUUCUGGAAUAAGCACACUAUUCUUGUGAAUGAGCUAGGUUGUUUUACAAAGGACAUUGGGAAAGUUGAACCGGAUUAUCUCAGGUCCUUCCAGUUUGGGAACAGAUUAAUGCCAUCAACCUGGAUUGUUAUCAGAAUUGAUGGUUGCCACUUUCACAGGUUUACUGAAGUUCACGAGUUUGUGAAGCCGAAUGAUGAGCAAGCUCUCAACCUUAUGAAUUCAUGUGCUGUUGCUGUGGUGGAAGAAUUUCCUGACAUAAUUUUCUCCUACGGCAUCAGCGAUGAAUACAGCUUUGUUUUCAAGAAGGAUUCUCAAUUCUGUCAAAGGCAAGCAAGUGAGAUGGUAUCUGUCAUAGUGUCAUUCUUCACUUCCUCCUACGUGAUGAAGUGGAAAGCUUUCUUUCCUCAGAAAGAGUUGAAGUGCCCCCCUUAUUUUGAUGGCCGUGCUGUGUGCUAUCCGUCUUCCGAUAUCCUUCGAGAUUAUCUGGCAUGGAGGCAAGUUGAUUGCCAUAUCAACAACCAAUACAACACUUGUUUUUGGGAGCUUGUUAAGUCAGGGAAAGGCAAAAGUGAAGCUCAGAAUUUUCUAAAGGGAACUCAAGCAGGAGACAAAGAUAGACUGCUUAAGCAAUUUGGUAUUGACUACUACAAGUUACAAGUUAUGUUCCGCCAAGGUUCGUCCAUUUUCUGGGAUAAGGGAGACGUUAUAACAAAGAACAAGAACGAGGCAUCUGUUGGUAAGUCUGCAGAAAAAGUAGUUGUAGAACAUUGUAAUAUUAUUGAGCCAAGUUUUUGGCGUGCACACCCAUCAAUUCUAGAUGGAUGAUGCUGUGAAGCACCAAGUAAAAGAACUUGUUACCAUCAUCGCUGAAAAUUUUUAUUCAAG